GGGGGGCUACAAUAACAACAGCGAAGGAUUAGGCAUCGACCGAGCAAUCAGGAAGUCCAUUUAGGACAAAGCAGCGUUAAAAAUCCUCCCAGAUUUCAGGCGUGAUCGUCAGAGCUGAGCUGCCAGUCUGAUUGGACAGCUGCUCAAGAUCUGUGGAGGGGAGAAAAAAAACAUAGAAGAACACACAAAGGAGGGAUGAAAUGAAAGCAGGUGAAAAAUGAAAAACAGCUCCUGUGUGAUCUCUCCCCUCUGCUGCUGUGAUAAUUCAGCAAUGAGAGGAGGUAAGCUGGCUGGAGUGAUGCCUCAGGCACAGGAAUAGAAAGAGAGAGAGAGCAGAGAGAGGAUAUGAAGAGCAUGCGUCAGCACUAAGGCAGGGCGAACAAGAGAGAGCGAGAGAGAGAGAGAGAGAGUGUGUGUGACAGCAGAGAUGAGCGAGGUGGAGGGCGAGGUGGAGCGAGAGAGAGAGAGAUCGGGGGUAGGGGUGAGCACCGUGGCGUGAGAGGGGACGACAGAAAUAGAGCCUGCCGGAUUUGUCACCUCCAGUGCCACACCUUGGCUGCUUCAUCCCGCCGCUCCAACCUGACUGCAGUAGCUCCCACACAGGGGGUUCCCUCAUCCGGGAGGACAAUAACAACCGACAGCACAGACCUUGCAGCGGGCUGACUGACUGACCGACUGACUGACAUAGUGAGUGGGUUUGCUCACUGACUGGAGCUGUGGCUGUCGGAGGACUUUGAGGACACGUAGCCCCGGGCAGGUACGGGUUAGGCCCCACCAUGGGGGAGACGGCAGAGUACCAGAGGCUGCAGGACACGUCAGAGUCUGACUACCAACGGCUGCCCAGCGAUGAUGAAGAGAAACUGGGCAGUAGCAUGCAGUGUGAGGAAGGCACAGAAUGGCUGCUGGAGCUGCUGAUGGAGGUGCAGCUGCAGCAGUACUUCCUGCGGAUCCGAGAUGACCUCAAUGUCACACGGUUGUCACACUUUGACUACGUCAAGAACGAAGACCUAGAGAAGAUCGGCAUGGGUCGACCUGAUAAAGGACAGAGACGACUGUGGGAGGCUGUCAAAAGGAGGAAAGCCAUGUGCAAGCGCAAGUCCUGGAUGAGCAAGGUGUUUAGUGGUAAGCGUCCAGACGGAGGAGACUUCCCCCAGCAGGGCCAGCCGGCUUCCUCUUUUCGUAAGCUGUCUCCUACACCUCCGCUUGGCCUGGGGGAGGGAGUCCUGCCCACACAGCCCGGUGGCGGUGGCGCUCCUCUUGACGAGCAGCAGCAGGCUCUGACCUGCCUCAUCCCGGAGAAGGACCUGACACUGUUCGAGAAGCUGGGGGACGGCUCGUUCGGUGUGGUGAAAAGAGGAGAGUGGCUGACACCUGCAGGAAAGGUGCUGAACGUAGCUGUGAAGUGUCUGAAGACAGAUGUGUUCAGCCAGCCCGACGCUCUGGAGGACUUCAUCUGUGAGGUCAACGCCAUGCACUCCCUGGACCACCAGAACCUCAUUCGCCUCUACGGUGUGGUGCUCACACACCCAAUGAAGAUGGUGACUGAGCUGGCUCCUCUCGGUUCUCUGCUGGAGCGUCUGCGAUGUGUGCGUCCUCAGGGCCCCGUGUUGAUCCACACUCUGUGUCAGUAUGCGGUGCAGGUGGCCUGUGGCAUGGCCUACCUGGAGCAGAGGAGGUUCAUCCACAGGGACCUGGCAGCCAGGAACAUCCUGCUGGCCUCAGCUCACAGAGUGAAGAUCGGUGACUUCGGCCUGAUGAGAGCGCUGCCGAACAACCACGAGCACUACGUCAUGCAGGAGCAUCGAAAGGUCCCCUUUGCGUGGUGCGCCCCAGAGAGCCUGAAAACCAGAACGUUCUCCCACGCUACUGACACGUGGAUGUUUGGAGUGACUCUAUGGGAGAUGUUCACACAUGGCCAGGAGCCUUGGCUGGGCCUUAAUGGGAGCCAGAUCCUGCACAAGAUUGAUAAAGAAGGCGAACGCCUCCCUAAGCCUGAAGACUGUCCGCAAGAUAUCUAUAACGUCAUGCUGCAGUGUUGGGCUCAGAAACCAGAUGACAGACCCACUUUUGUCGCCCUGCGUGAGUUCCUGCUUGAGACCAUGCCCACAGACAUGUGUGCUCUGCAGGACUUUGACGAACCUGACAAACUCCAUAUCCAGAUCAAUGAUGUCAUCACCAUCAUAGAGGGGAGGGCGGAGAACUACUGGUGGCGAGGUCAAAACAAACGGACCCUGAAGGUUGGACAGUUCCCCAGGAACGUGGUGACAUCGGUCGCAGGUUUGUCAGCUCAUGACAUCAGCCGUCCUCUGAAGAACAGCUUCAUCCACACAGGACACGGAGACACCAACCCUCAUCGCUGCUGGGGCUUCCCUGACAGGAUUGACGAUCUGUACCUCGGAAAUCCCAUGGAUCCUCCUGAUGUCCUUAGUGUGGAUCCCAGUGGUGCUCGGCCCACACAGCUACCGGGACGAGCUAGAAAGGAGCCUCCUCCCCGCCCUCCUCAACCAGCAGUGUUAAUCAAGAGUAAGUCUGGUUUCCCUCAGCAGCUCCUCACCCAUUGCUCCUGCCCCCUCUGUUCCCUCCUAGCUCCACUCCUCAGAGAGCCUUGUUAUGACCCUGUAAACAACGAUGAAGAUCUGACCUCGGUGGGACUGAAGAGAUUAUCGCUUCGGAAAACAGGUUCUGUCAAAGGCUUAAAACUGAAACCCGCUGCAUGGGUCUCUGCUUCCAGACAGGGGAGUGGCCGCACUUCAGGCUCAGGCCACAACCCCAACAGUGAAGUGUCCCUCAUUGACUUUGGGGAGGAGUUCCCCCCGCCCACACCUUCCCCCUCCCCGGUGGUUGAAUUGCAGAUUCCUUCACUGGCAAAGCUAGCUUUGGAAGCGGACAACAUCCUGGACCGGACUCCGCCUCAGAGUCCGUGUAGAUCGUUGCCCCGCCCCCUUCACCCUACGCCAGUCGUGGACUGGGACACCCGGCCGUUACCCCCACCCCCGGCCUAUGAUGAUGUAGCCCAAGAUGAAGACGAUAUGGAGGUGAGCUCCAUCAACAGCUCAGAGCAGCAGCAUGAAGAGGAGCAGAGUGAAGUCAGUCACCCAGAUGAGGCUCUCUGUCUGGGACAGAAGGUGGAGGGUGAGGUUCUUGUCUCUAGGGGUACAGACAGAGCAGGUUUCGAGGACAACCUCUUCCUCCUCAGCAAGCAGAGCCAGGGCCUGUCCACCUCUUUCUCCCAGUCAGCUGAGAUCUUCCAAGAGCUCCAGCAAGAGUGCAUGAGGAGGCUCAAUGUGCCGACUGGAAGUGCUGCACGGUCGAGCUCACCGUGCCAGAGCUCGGCCUUGUGUCCCCAGACUCCACAGACCCAGGAGGGACUGCAGCAGACUGUCCUCUCCUCUGAGGACAAACCUCAGAUCCCCCCGCGGGUCCCCAUACCCCCUCGCCCUAUAAAAAAGGGGGACUACACAUCUGCUCGCUGGUCAAGGGAUCUCUCGCUGUCUCCGACGCCAGCUGACACCACAGAGGACAUUUCGGGCCCAGGCCCAGGCCAGGACCGACCACCUCAGAUCCCUCCCAGGGACCCUUUGUCCCAGCCGGGCUCUAGGACUCCCAGCCCCAUGGGCCUGGUGGUGGGCUCCCCCCAGCAGAGAGUCUACUCUGUAAGCCCCUCCACCAUGCAGACUUCCCUUGCCUCCUUCUCUUCCACACACACACACGGCUCCUACCUCUCCACCUCUCCAGGUAAACUCAUGCCCACCACACACAGCUUUGCCUCAGAUCCUAAAUAUGCUGCACCCAAAGUGAUCCAAGCGCAGGGGAAGGACGCCGCCAACAAGGGCCCUUGUAUCCUCCCGAUCGUCCGUGAUGGCCGCAAAGUCAGCAACACCCACUAUUACCUUCUCCCUGAGAGGCCCCCGUACCUCGACCGCUACGACCGCUUCUUCAGGGAGGCGGAGAGCCUGUCUGCCAGCGGUGUGGAGGAAAGACAUUUACGGCAAGCCAACACAGCCACUGUCAGACCCAUGGUGGUCAGCAGCCAGACUCUGCAGGGACACGCCCAGGGACAGGGGCUUGUCCAGCCAGGCGAUCUGAAGGCUAAUUUCUCCUCCAACAACAACAGCAAUCUGGGUGGGCCAAGGUCAGGGAUGAAGACAUCAGUUAGUCUCCCUCGUGUCUGUUCAGACGGGCUGACAAUGCUCACUGCUUCCUGCACCAGGACAGACGGAGGAGGGAACUCAGCUGACAGGGUGAAAAUGGUGCAGGAGGCGGUUCAUGGGGUGACUCUGGAGGAGUGCCAAGCCGCCCUCCAGAACCACAACUGGAAUGUGCAGAAAGCUGUGCAUUAUCUAAAGGUGGAGCAGCUGUUCUGUUUGGGCCUGAGGAGCAGGUCAGAGUGUCUUAAGCUGCUGGAGAUGUGUGACUGGAACCUGGAGGUGGCCAGCACUCAGAUGUUAGAUAACUAUGGAUCCACAACCAGACAGAGACGGUGACAGGAAUCUCAAGCUGCCGAGCUCCGAUUGGAACUUCGUCCUCAGUAAAAAACAUCAUCAGAAGAGGUGAAUCUGCUUCUGACCCGUUAACGCGUCAGACACGCCUCCAAUCAGAGGACCGUUAUUUGACUAUGGAAGGAUCAAGCACAUUUUCUCUGAACUAGCACAAAAUACCAAACUCUAUUACGGCUCCAUUCAUACUUAACAUGGACAAAGGAACUAAGCCUGAGGGCAAAAAGAAAGAUGUUGGGUCACAAAGAUAUGUGAUUGCUGCACUUAUUAAGAAAAUGUAGACCGCCAUCUACCUUUUUUUCCUCUUUUUAAAAGCUGUUCAAAGAAAAAAAAAAUGACACUGUUCUUCAGUUUGAUUUGGUCAGCUGAAUUGUUUCAUCACCGGUAACAGAUCCCCACAGUGUUACAGAUCCGUCGUGCUACAACACUCAGUCAGAUCCACUUACAUGUGUCGUCACUGCCGCAGUUACACAGUAGACCAGCUGCACAAAGAAGGUUUAAAGCAGGGGUACUCAGACGGAUCUUAACGAUAGGCCACAAACCAAAACUAAACACCUAUCGUGUUGUGAUGCAAAAUGUUCCACAGUGUCCACUGUUCGCAGCUUAUUAAAAAUUAUUAUGUAUUAUUAUGGAUUCUAACUGUUUGAAGAGCAUUUUGCCUCACACAAAUAGAUCAGUUAGAUUUUAAACUUUUAAAAAUGUUUCGUUCCUGUCAAACACGUGAUGGGCCAAAUUGAACCUUGUGGUUGGCUAACUUCGACCCCUGGGCCCCGCUUUGCCCUGCUUUAAAGGAUAAGUUCACCUAAAAAUUUAAAUUUGGUCAAAUUUGAAAUCUAUUGGAUGACUCACCCCCAUGCCAAUGGAAAGCUGGGUGACAUUUCAUUGUACACAAAACAGUUCUGGAGCUUCACAGCAAAACACUGUUGCAGCAUUCUUCUAAACAACUGAAGUAGACAGGGACUUUGAGGAUGGGGAUGAUUUAAAACUUAAAAAACAUAAUGUAAAAAAAAUAAAUUAAAUUAAAUGACUCCAUGCAUCUGGCUUGAUCCACAUUUACAAACGCCCAGGGAUCCCUUAUUUAUACCUUAUUUACACCCUUUUACAAGCUGAAUUCUUCACUGAAGUUGCUAAGCUGUGUAAGCAAGCACCCCAUAUAAGGUGAGCGCACAAGCUCUACCUUGUGUCAACCAUGUGAAUAUUGUCUUUCAAAGCAAUUAGGGACCUUGUAUGGAGCCAUUUCAUGGUUUGUAUGUUUUGUCAUUUUACUCCUUAAAACAGGUCCCCAUCUACUUCAGUUGUUUAGGAAAAUCCUGCGAUGCUGUUUUGAGUUAAACAGCUCCAUAUAAUGGGCCAUUCGUUGCCUCAAGCUCAUUGCAUUUUGUCAGAAUAUGCCAAGAACUCAUUUAGUCUAGUAAGUGUACAAAUCUCCUGAAUUGGUGAUGACAGCACCAGCAGCACCUUAAAAAUAAUUGUCUUGAUGACCAAUUGAAAAAAAACAUUGAUCGUCAACAUAGUUUACCUCCACCACGCAUAAGCACAACAAAAUCCAAGCUAAUGUCAAAUUGGCUGUCCAGGCCUCAUUGUGCAGGAAAUAAUUUGGCCUGUUUACAGUUGUGAAGAGGAGUGGGGAUGUGAUGAUGCUGCUGAAAGGUUGUGGUGUCGAGGAAAAAUGUGCCCAGAAAGUGCUGUUGCAAAAGAAAAAAAAAAAUAAAAUGCUCGUCGUCUCAAUAAUUUGUUUAAUACAGAGGGACGCUAGUCAGCACUGAUGCAGUGCUGCGGUCUCUGCUCAGAGUUACUGGUUGAACUGUUCCAGUGUUGACUCCAGUCUGUUCUGUUAAAAGAGGAUCAGAGAAGUCCAGGAUUCACUUCUUUUAAAGACCUGCUAAACUGUCUAAUUUAAACUCAAAGGGUAUAAGUACUAUACUCUUUAUAUUGAGAUGUUUGUGUAUUUGUGAACAAAGUAUUGAUAUAUGAUGUUAAUAUAUUUAGAACACCAUCUCAGAGACAACAGAAGACUGUUAUGUCCAUUACGGGGCCGACAAUUAAUUUAAAUGCGUUGCUCCCUGAGUUAAUCCCCGAUGUGCGACUAUUAGGACACGUGACUCGACAACAAAGGGCCACCCACACAGUGGAAACUUCCUUCAACCCCUAUAGUCUUUCCUUAUUCCUUCCCUCUAAGCACUUUGCCCACACAGAACCCCCGUGCAUCAGCUGAAAACUGCUGCCAGGCUGUUAUUUUUCUGUACGCACCCAGACUACACUGCCAGCUUAUAACAGCAACGUAGUGAAAUUUGCCCCAAGGCGCACAUCCUGUCUCAUAAUCAUCACUUAAAACCACAACUGUGAUAUUUCGGUCAGCAGCUUUGGGGGCAAUAAUUUAAAACUGAGAGGACGUGUCAGCUCUGGGUGAACUCAGUCACUGCUGGAUGGGACGAUACAUCUUGUGACCGGGCACUGACAGAGCGGAGCCCUCAGCGAGGAGUGGUUCAAGACUCGGUUAAUGUAAGAACUUUUGGGCCUGUCCGCCUUUUGUACUCUUGACGCGUGGACUUUACUACAAAAAGGAGGGACACAAAAGGAUUAAAAGUCCCUUUUAAGUGUUCGACAAGAUGUCAAAAACACUUUUGUAUUGUAAACACAGAUGAUCCCUUUGGUGCUUCUCUCUAUAGAGAAAAAAAGAUCCCUCUCUGCCAACUGGUACCCAUUCAUUUAAACUUCAAUAUCAGAGUGUAUGUCCACAUGUAGGCACAGACACCAGCCCCUCCGUAUGUCCACAAACAGCCCAAUGUGGCAGGUCUGGACACAAUCUGUGCAGAAACUUCAAAUGGCCUCUGAAAAAAGCUAAUAUACAACCACAACGAGCCUGCUAUCAGCCCGGCCACAUUAAGAGGCUUAAAAAAAAAUAAAACCUUUGGAAUAUAUUUUUAAAGGACUGAUUUUUGGACGACAGCCUCAGUGAAACUUUUCCCCCGUGUGCAAUAAGGCUGCUGUAGAACCUGUAACCUCCCAUCCUGUCCGUCUGUCAGUGCCAUCCAGU